UGCGCUGUCUCUCUCGCUCUCUCAUUAUGCGCUCAUCCAUUUCGCUGGCUGGGGGCUGCGAAGCCAGUGCUCUGCUCCGGAGGCGAGUGUUUGGGAAGCCCAGCGAUAUGCCACUGCUGUUUUCCCCACAAAAACAGGAAGGAAACAAAAGGCGGACCAAAGUCUUAGGAUCAGCUUUUCCUUCUUCCAGCACUCCUUCCUUUUCGCUCACUUGCAGCCUGUCUCCUUCUGUCCGCUGACUUCUCUCACUCAUUCACUCCCCGACACUCUGGCUGGCCGACCGAGCGUGCUGACACCGGGACCGCUACCUGCUACCCUGGGGAUUUGACAGCGCUCCAGGAACCUGCUGCCGAGUUUGUCGUUUUUACGGUCAGUGAAUGGUGGAUGCACCUCAUGGAUGAACUGGAGUAUACAACGGACUGGAUGAGGGAGUAAAUGUUGGAUACCUGAGGAUGAGUAUUUCUUUCCUGACCUUGCCAGAACAAAUGGAGAAUUAAGGAUUGUCUUGAUCUAUUUUCACUCUACCAGACUCAAUCUACCUCAGUCACUGAGUGUCUUCAGUCUUUAUUUUGUUGAAAAUCAGGAGCAGUGACAGUUGUGGACCGUCCGCCUGAGUGGGACUGGUCACCUUCUAACUUUUUCCCUCUCUGUGACACUUCCUCUGAACUGCUAUUGGCCUCAGUGGGGCCACCAGGGCUGCAGGGGAAGGGGGCAGCGGCUUACCCCCUCCAUAAGACCUACUUGAAAUAAAAGGGUACUGAACCGUGGAGUAGUGACCGACGGGUUGGAAAAACAAGUCUUCUCCUUGCUCUUGGGAGCAUAGCGUUCCUAGUAAAAUAUUCAGACGCUUCCCAGCCAACCACCUCAACAGAUAUAAAUUUGUUCCAGUUAGGAUGUCAGCAUUGGAGGGAUUUUUGUACUUCACCAUCAACCAAAGAAGCCAGUCCGUUGGAUGCAAAGAGUUUUUUGUAAGCUAAAAAAAGGAGCAUCAAACCACACCCACAGGGAACCUGGAAAGCCACCCCCGCUUUGAGAAAUACUUUUGACCCAUGCGAAGGAUCUUGUUUUGGUCUGAAAGUCUUUUGAAGGGAGGGAUGUUGGAGGAGCCCCUUUCACAAUCAACUAAUUACGAGUCAGGGUCACAGAGAGGAAAGGACUGGAUUCUUUUCAUGGAUUUACCAUCAAACUGCCAUGGAAAAUUUCCAAGUGGAUAUCUGACAAUCCCAAACACCCACAUACCUAACACACACAUUUCUAGCUUAUAGAUCCAUGCCAACAGCUCUGUAACACAAAUUGCAAAGCACAUUAUCACCACCUACUUAAAUCUUAUCGACACACGUCUGUGCUGUGAGUUUAUACGGAUAGUUGCACAUUAAAUUCCCAUUAGUUUGGGUGUUUGCCAUCAGGGAUUGAGGGAAUGGAGGUCAUUCGGACAGGUGGGGUGCUGUACGAGUCCCCGCUCACACUGUCUGUCUUUUAGCCCCAAAUGGAUGUUAUUAUCUGUGAAAAAUGUGCCGCCCGCAAACUGCUGAAAGCUUUCCGCUGCGACUCUCUGACAGAAACAGUCACCAGGUCCCUGUGACAGUGCACUGUUGGAACCGCCGCUGAGACUGCAUCCAUUAUUCAUCUUUUUUUCUUUUUUUUAAAAUUAGUUUUGUUUUUGUUAUUUCCACCCCCGCCCCACCGCCAUCAUUUUUUCCAACGGGUCCCUGGGCGCCCCCCGGCGUUCUCCUCGGCCCGUUGUCUCCCCCGCUCUGGAGGGGAGGGGGCCGCUGGACUGGAGCAUGAGCGCCUGCCACUAUCCUUCGCCGGCGCCAGAGCAGGAGCGCAGGUACCAGCACAAAGUGUCGCUGGUGGUGCGCUACUUCAUGAUCCCCUGCAACAUCUGCCUAAUCCUGCUGGCCACAUCCACGCUGGGCUUCGCCGUUCUGCUGUUCCUCAAUAACUACAAACCAUCUCACUUCACUCCAGCCCAGCCUCCUGAUGGCUGCAGAGGAAUGCUGUGUGGCUUUGGGGCGGUGUGCGAGAGGAACCCCACCGACCCAUCCAAGGGCGAGUGUGUUUGCAAGAAACUCGACUGUCCAUCGUUGGUGGCUCCUGUUUGCGGUUCCGACACCUCCACCUACUCCAACGAGUGUGAGCUAGAGAAGGCUCAGUGCAAUACACAGCGCCGGAUCAAGGUGCAGCGAAAGGGGCCCUGUUCUCUGAAGAAUCCCUGCGCCGAGGUGACCUGCAGCUACGGCAGCACCUGCGUCCAGUCGUCGGACGGUCUGUCAGCUAAAUGCAUGUGUCCCCUCAGCUGCGAUGGCAAGCCCGAUCAGAUGGUGUGCGGCAGUGAUGGGAAGGACUACCGCAACGAGUGUGAGCUCCAUCAGCAAGCCUGCAAGAACCAGAAGAACAUCCGGGUCCAAUUUCAAGGACCCUGUGACCCAUGUAAAGACAGCGAGAACAGCCUCAACACCAUCUGCCGAGUCCAGGCCGUCACACGCCAGCCGCAGCUCUACAGACCACCAGAGUCAUGCCGACCAGAAUCCGAGCCUCUGUGCGCCAGCGACGGUCACACCUACCUCAGCGAGUGCGCCAUGAUGGCCACCGGCGUGCAGAAGGGCAUCAGCCUCAGGAAGAUUCACGCCGGAGCGUGCAGAAAGUCGGAGACGUGCAGAGAAGACUGCCUGUUCAACGCCGUGUGUGUGGUGGAGCAGAGCGGCGCCCGCUGCUCCUGUGAUCCCAUCGAGUGUGAUGACACCUACAAGCCGCUGUGCAGCGUGGACGGGCGCACCUUCCCCAACAACUGCUUGCGCCGCAAGGCCGAGUGCCUCAGCAAGAGCCUGAUUAGGACCAAGCAGCCAGGGCCCUGCGAUCUCAACGCUCUGAGCCCCUGUUUGACGAAGACGUGCACACACGGCGCCAUGUGUGUGGUGAAGAACAACGAGCCAGUCUGUGAGUGCACCGAGGCCUGCACCCUGACCUCCGACCCUGUCUGCGGGUCUGAUGGCCAGAGCUACCGAAGCCCCUGCGAGAUGCGAGCGAUGGGUUGCACUCUGCAGAGGGACAUCCGGAUCCAGCACAAAGGACCGUGUGAUGAAGCCUGCUCCAACUGCUCCUUUGGGGCGAUCUGCGACGCCCAGAGUGGGCGCUGCGUGUGCCCGUCGGAGUGCGUGGAGUCGCACCAGCCCGUGUGCGGCAGCGACGGUCACACCUACCACAGCGAAUGUGAGCUGAACGUGCGGUCCUGCAUGGAGCAGGUGGAGCUGCGGGUGGUCAGCCAGGGAGAGUGCAAAAUGUGCGGCAACACCGUCUGCAGCUUUGGUGCCCAGUGUGUGGAGAGGAAGUGCGAGUGCCUGCAGUGCAGUGGGGAGGCCAGCGCCCCGGUGUGCGGCAGCGACGGCAUCACCUACAGCAACGAGUGUGAGCUCAACAGGUCCGCCUGCGAGCACAAGAGGAAAAUUGAUGUGGCGAAGCACGGCAGCUGUGAGGAAGAAUGUGGCUCGGGGGCAUCUGGCUCCGGACUGGAGAGCUGCGAACAGGAGCGCUGUAUGAUGUAUGAUGGGAUUUGGAACGAGGACGAAGAGGAUGAACGCUGCAUCUGCAGCUUUAACUGUGAGAGCGUGCCACUCAACGAGGUCUGUGGCUCAGAUGGGAAAACUUACCGGAAUGAGUGUGAGCUAAAAAACACCAAAUGUUUGGAAAGGAGGCUCUUGUUGAUUCAGAGUCAGGGUCCCUGUGCAGAGAAUUAUGUUACGUCUCCGACAGAGCUGACGGCGCCGCAGCACUGCGGCCUCUCUCCGUACGGCUGCUGCUCUGACAACAUCACCGCCGCCUUAGGGCUCGGACAGGCCGGAUGUCCCAGUACCUGUCAGUGUAACGUCCAUGGCUCCUACAAAGGCUCCUGCGACCCGACCAGUGGCCAGUGCUCCUGUAAGCCGGGGGUCGGCGGGCAGAAGUGUGACCGCUGUGAGCCGGGCUUCUGGAACUUCCGUGCCAUCAUCACUGAAGGCAUGAGCGGCUGCACGCCGUGCAGCUGCGAUCCCACCGGUUCGGUCCGGGAUGAUUGUGAGCAGAUGUCGGGCCUGUGCUCCUGCAAAACAGGGAUGAAAGGCUUGAAGUGCAACGUGUGUCCAGAUGGAAGCAGGAUGGGCAUGAACGGCUGUGACCACGGCCCUGAUGCCCCAACAUCUUGUGAAGAGUUGCUCUGCAGUUAUGGAGCCACCUGCCUGGAGGAAAAUGGCCAGGCCCACUGUCAGUGCCCGCCACCUGACUGCGACUUAAGAAACAAGACAAAGGUGUGCGGUUCAGAUGGGGUGACCUAUGCUGACCAGUGCCAACUGAGGACCAUCGCCUGCAGACAGGACAAGGACGUUAGCGUGCAGCACUCUGGACAGUGCACAGAAAACAUCUCUGACGCGGCAGACCGACCCACCUCCAACCCUCCGCCCACCACCACCGGCCCAGCCUCAACGGCCGUCAUCACUACCACCCCCGAUCCCUUCAUCUCUAACAUGGUGUACGCCAUCCCGCCUCCAAUGACGGCCCAGCCGGCAUCCAUGGAGCCGCCUGACACCACCGCCGUCUUUUCUUCCACCUCCUCCCCCGGCCGCGUUCCAUCCAACCGCAUCCAGUCAUCCGCCACCUCGGGCCCUCUGGAGGGCUCGGGCAGCGGCGACCCGAGCGGUGACGAAGAAGAAGAGGAGGAUGGACGGGAUGUUGGUAGUGGCGUCCAGUCGGAGGCCAGCGGUUCAGACGAUUCUGGCGGUUCGCCGGUGGCAGGUUCUGCUGCUGCUGCCACUGCUGAAGAGAGGUCCUCCUGUGACAACACAGAGUUCGGCUGCUGUCCCGACGGAAAGACCCCAUCCAGCAGCCCAGAGGGCGCCAACUGCCCCCCCACAAUGAAAUUCCUGGGCUUCCUGCACCUCGACCAGGUAGAUGACCAGGAGAUUUUCUACACCCCUGAGAUGGAGGACCCCAAGUCUGAGCUGUUUGGAGAGACAGCCCGCAGCAUAGAGAGCGCCCUCAAUGAGAUGUUCAGGAAGUCCCAGGUGCACAAGGACUUCAUGGGAGUUCGAGUUCGUCAGCUGGCUCCAAGCGGCUCCAUUAUGGCACUAGUGGAGGCCCAUUUCAGACCUGAUACGAGAUACAGCGUGGAGGAUAUCGAGGGAGCGCUGCUGAAACAGCUCAAGGCUUCCAAAGACACCAGCAUCUCUGUAAAGAAGCCAACGGCAGAGAAUAUUCGCUUCACUAAUGAUGGUCUGUCCACCAUCCCACUGUUUACCACCGCCGCCGCCGCCGUCACCACAGCCUCCCCCGUCCCCACAUCUAGGCCUCAUUCCCCUCACUUCACACGCCGCCCACCAGGAACCACCCGCAGGCCCACCAGCUCCAGACGCACCACCACCACGCGGGCUCCGCCCACCAAAACCCUGCGUAGCACCUCAGCGCCGCUCGCUACGACCGGGUGGUCCAGAACCCAGAAGCCCUGCGACUCCAACCCGUGCCUCAACGGGGGAACCUGUGAAAACGACGGUGACGAUUUCAGCUGCAAGUGCCUGGCUGGACGAGGAGGGGCAGUGUGUGAGAAAUCCAUCAGGUACUUCAUCCCAUCAUUUGGUGGCCAGUCUUUCCUGGCCUUCCCAACAAUGAGCGCGUACCACACGGUCCGCAUCCAGAUGGAGUUCAGAGCGUCCGAGAUGAACGGCCUGCUGCUCUACAACGGCCAAAUGAAGAAGAAAGACUUCAUCUCUCUGGCUCUGGUCAACAGCAGGGUGGAGCUCAAGUUCAACACUGGCUCAGGAACAGGCACCGUGAUCAGCGAAGUCCAGAUCAGCCAGGGUCGCUGGCACCAGCUGGUGGUGACGCGCAGCCGACGGAUCGGCGUGCUCAGCGUGGACAACGAGCCGCACGUCCAAGGCGAAAGUCCCCAUGGGACAGACGGUCUCAACCUGGACACCUCGCUGUUCAUCGGAGGGGUGACGGAUGACCUCAAGCAAGACGUCAGGGAGCGGACUGGGGUCACCGCAGGGCUGGUAGGCUGUAUCCGCAUGCUGGACGUCAACAACCGCAUGCUCAACAUCCAGGAGGCCAACGGAGACAGCUUGUUCGGCGUGGGUGUGGGCGAAUGUGGGAACAACCCCUGCGAGCCGAACCCCUGCAAGAACGGAGCUGAGUGCCAGGUCAAGGAGGCCGAGAUGUUCCACUGCAAGUGCAGCAAUGCAUUCUGGGGUCCAACAUGCGCUGACCUCCAUGACCCCUGCGAACACAGCAAGUGCCACCGGACAUCGCAAUGCAAGGCGCUACCUGAAGGGGGCUAUAAAUGCGAGUGUCCCAUGGGACGAGAGGGGAAGCACUGUGAGAGAGUGGCUGAGCGUAGCGGCGUUUACAUGCCUCUGUUCAGCGGAGACUCAUACCUGGAGCUCAAGGGGCUUCAUCUCUACGGGCAUGAUCUCCGUCAAAAGUUCAGCAUGAUGCUGGUUCUCAUGGCCAAUGACUCCAACGGUCUGAUCUUCUACAACGGACAGAAGUCUGAUGGAAAGGGAGACUUCGUCUCUCUGUCCCUGAGCAAUGGCUACUUAGAGUUUCGCUACGAUCUGGGAAAGGGACCGGCUAUUAUCAGGAGUAGGGACCAGAUGCAGCUGAAGGUGUGGAACACCAUCAAGCUGGAGCGCUCCCUCCGCAAAGGCGAGAUCCGGUUGAACGAGAAAGCAACUUCAGGAGAGUCACCGAACAAGCACACAGACCUCAACCUGAAAGAGUCGCUGUUCGUCGGUGGCGCUCCCGAUUACAGCAAACUAGCAAGAGUUGCUGCACUCACGCAGGGAUUCAAGGGAACCAUCCAGAAGAUCAUGCUGAUGAGCACACCCAUCCUGCGGGAGGAGAACGCCCUGAACUCCAGUAACGUGGCCAUGUUCCACGGUCAUCCGUGUUUCCAGGAGCCCUGCCAGAACGGCGGCCGCUGCCACCCUGAGCUGGACGGCUACGACUGCUCCUGUCCCAGCGGCUUCUCAGGGGACACGUGUCAGAACGCUAUCCACGAGAAGUCGGCCGGAGAGACGGAGGCCAUCGCCUUCGACGGACGGACCUUCAUCGAGUACCACAACGCCGUGACCAGGAGUGAAAAGGCUCUGCUGGUCAACAAGUUUGAGCUGAGCGUGCGGACCGAGGCCACGCAGGGUCUGCUGCUGUGGAGCGGGAAGGGCGUGGAGCGCGCCGACUACAUUGCGCUGGCCAUUGUGGAUGGCCGGGUCCAGAUGACCUAUGACCUGGGCUCCAAGGCUGUGGUGCUGAGCUCAUCGGUGCGUGUCGACACCAACCGCUGGAUACGCAUCAAAGCCAGCAGGGCGCUUCGAGACGGCUCUCUGCAGGUGGGCAACGAGGCGCCAGUGACGGGCUCGUCUCCUCUCCGAGCCACGCAGCUGGACACAGACGGAGCGCUCUGGUUAGGCGGCCUGGAGGUGCUGGGCGUGGCGCGGCGGCUGCCCAAGGCCUACAGCACUGGCUUCGUAGGCUGCAUCAAGGAUGUGGUGGUGGACGGGGUGGACGUCCACCUGGUGGAGGACGCCUUGAACAGCCCCAAAAUACUACACUGCUCUGCAGCCAAAUAACCAGGAAGAGAGCGAGCACUGCGAGACCAGAGAAAACAACAAAUCAAGAAAGCCUCCCUCCAUAAUGCCCAUGUCUCCUGCUGUAACUAUUUUCUAUUUUUGUCUACUUUUCAUCACUUUUUAUAUGGGGAAAUGAUGAAAUAUGUUUUUAAUUUGUGUUGGAAUUUUUUUGCCAUUUUCUUCUGCAUUUCUACUACACUUUAUUUUUUCUUCCAUAUCCAAAUAUUUGUGGAAAAAAACUUUUUUCAUUGUAUUGAUUUAGUUGUCACCUGAAAAACGACACGUUUUGUUUUUAAUUUCUCAUUACUUGAACACAGCUCUGAUCUCUGGCUGCUGCCUUGUCUUGGUGCCAAGCAUAGCCCUCACAUCUUUGUGUAUUCGGAGCCGCAGCACCGUAUGCAUAGACUCUAUCCUGGUAUUAUUCAGCCCGCUAUAUUUUCCUAAUAAAAUAUCAACAUAGCUGCUACAGUGACUAAGUGCACUGUCCAGCCAUUCCAUCGACUCCCAUCUCACAGCUACAAAGAAAGAAAGAAACGAUAAACCCGCUCGCUAGUCGACUCUCAUCAGAGCCUUUAGUUUUUGAAAUAUGACUAACAACCGCGCCAGCGUGAUGGAGAGAGCCCUGUGUCCCACAAUGACUCUCAUUUCAUUAACCAUGAAUCAUAGAUACCCAUAAAUGUUAUAAAUAUAGACUUCUAUAUAUAAAUAAUACCUAAGACUGUGAAUAUGUAAGAUGGGUUCUCUUCUGAGACUUGUGCUUUUCAUGUACUGUUGUGCAUUCUGUUCUACAAUCACCAGAUGAACUAAUGUUGACCACUAUAAAUGCAUGCACGUCUGCAGUGUUGGUUAGAAUCUGGAUUUUUUGUUUUGUUUUGUUUUAUUGACACUCUGUUUCUAAUAUAAUAACUACUUUUACAAAAGUGUAUUUUAUUUCUUAUAGUUGCAGAAAGUACAGGAUUGGGAUUAUGCUUUAAGGUUGUGGGUUUUUUAGUUUGUUUUUGGUCUUUAGUGUUCUGUUUUGUUUAUUGGGAACUGUUAGUUUUUGCAGGAACACGAUGAGCUGUUACCGGAUCUGACCUUAAGGAGGUGCUAAAAGCAAAGGCUGAAGAAGAAAGACAGAGAGGUGAAAGAAGGGGAGAGAUACAACUCCUGGGAAUAUCCUGUAAAAUACUCAGCUGUUGUCACUAAAAGACACAGAGAGAAAUUUAAAAAGAAAACAAACUCCCAUAACUCUUGGGACUCCAUUCAUUUCCUUUUUUUAAUUCCGAGAACAUUCCUGGAGGAACAGAUUUUAGCUUCGGCUGUUGAGUGAGAGUAAGACGGGUGACGGGUUGAAGGAGAAGCUGGUACGUUCUGAAGCCAUAACAGCCACAAAAAUGGACAAGAACAUCCACAAUCCCACAGAACUCUGCUUGUUAGCAUAGCAAGGCAACGGACUGUUGCAACACGGAGCCGAUCGCAAUAAACUGAGCUGACUGACUUAAAGACACUUGUUUUGAUAUGAGAACCUUGGCAAUAUUCUGAGACUAAAAUCAUGCCUGUUUGUGACUGAGUAUCAAUGGUCUUCUACUGUUUUUACUUUCUCACUUCUGUUUCUCUUUGAAAUAAUCAGGCCACUUGUGUUUUUCUUUGUUGUGUUUUGUACAGCCCCGCGGUUUUAAAAGUGUAAAUUAAGCAAAAGUGUGAUAUGUGGAGGUUUCUGUUUUAGUGAUAUACACUGGAGCCAUGUCUGACUUGUCGAUACACUCAUGGAUUGAUAUACUUCGACGUGGGAGCGAUAUCAUCACCCUGAAUUUUAGCGUUGUGUUGUGUGUGUCCAUGCUCUGGGAACCCCUUUCUGGUCUCCCAAGACUGGGUUUUAUUUUUAACAAGCUAUAUCUUGGAAUCGAACCCAAAUGGGUUGCUCCUGUGUGGCUUUGGUGGAAACUGAAUUGCCUUAAAAACAACCUGCCACCUUUGCUGUGAGCAGGCCAUGAAGACAUCACCUCAUCUUACCGUUUCCUUACUUUUAGCCAGUGUAUUAGCCUCAUUCCAAUAAUGUAAAUGGAGUAAUACAUGAUGAUAAUAUUAGUAAUAAUCCCAAACAUAAAAAAGAUCCCAGAGGGUUUCUGCAAAAAUGUUUUUUUUAAUCUAUUUACUGUUUUUUCUCUGUUUUCUGUUUCUUAUUUAUGUCUCCAUGUGGAUUAUCCUCCAUGUCUGACCUCUGUAAACUAAGUCUGACUGUGCAGACCUCGUCAACGGGCAUCGCACCGAGUAACAGUGGCAUGACCUGAACAUUACUAACUUUAUGACCUUUGUCUUGUGUUCCUACCACCAUUAAAUAAAAACAUCAACCAGA